AUGCCGGACUCAUAUAUCCUCAUCAAAGGAGCAACGGUGAUCUCUAUGGAGGCAUCCGGCAGAGAAGUCCUAGACAACUGCGAUGUCCUCCUUGAAGACGAGUGGAUUAAGGCUGUCGGCCGUGACAUUUCUCUACCAACAGAAGAGAACGCCAUCACUAUCGACGCGGAAAACUGCAUCAUUACUCCAGGGUUCGUCGACGGCCACCAUCACAUGUGGCAGCAUCUCCUGCGGGGGAUCACCGUGGACUGGUCACUUUUCGGUUAUUGCUGUCACUUACGGGCUGUUUACGGGAGUUUGUACGAACCAGAUGAUGUUUACUGCGCUAAUUAUGCCGCUGCAUUGAGCCUGCUAAACAACGGCGUCACAACUGUCCUUGACCACUCCCACAUAAUGAACUCCCCCGAACAUGCUGACGCAGCUGUGAGAGGCCUCAAAGAUGCUGCCAUCCGAGGUACAUUUUGCUAUGGGUUCUACCAGAACCCUACAGUACCUGGCGAUCUCGCCAGUAUGGCAACGGACGCAUUUGACAAAGCCGCUCGACUCCAAGAUGCUCUCCGUGUACGCCAGGAACAUUUCCCAAAUAAUGAUCCGAAUAGCUCGCUGCUCACUUUUGGGAUUGCUUUGGAUGAGGCGCCGAUGCAGUCUCGAGAGCAGAAUAUCGGGGGGUUGGAGAUCGCGAGGGAGCUGGGUGCUAGGCUUAGCACUGUGCAUACUUCGGUACUAUCGCCUGGAGGACCAAAGGCUGAAGUCAUUGAGCAAUUUGCGGAUGCAAAUUUGAUGGGGCCAGACCUCGUGUUUAGUCACGGAGGUUGGAUGACCGAUAGCGAGCUAGCUGCGGUGCGAAGUUCUGGGGCUGGCAUUGUUGGGACGCCCGACACAGAGCUGCAGAUGGGCAUGGGAUAUCCUGUGGUCUGGAAGGCGAGUGAUUUAGGUUGUCGGACGUGCCUUGGACUUGACAUUACCUCGAAUCAAGGUAAUGAUUUCAUGGCACAGAUGAGGCUGGCGCUUCAGACACAAAGGGCUCGUGAAUAUGCGCAUACAGUACACAGAGAGGUCGACAGAAAAACAGCGGAUGUAUUACGCAUGGCGACCCUGGGAGGUGCAGAGGUUAUGCAGAUGGAGUCUUUAAUCGGUUCUAUCGUUCCCGGUAAAAAGGCUGACCUGGUGAUCUUCCGUUGUGACGAUAUUGACACGGUGCCUGUUAUGGACCCUAUCGGGACUGUGGUCUUCCAUGCAUCAUCGAAGAAUAUCGACACCGUCAUUGUCAAUGGAAGAAUCGUUAAACAAGACGGCCAUCUUGUUGGUGUCGAUUGGCAGUCAUUGCGCGGUGAGAUAAUAAGCAGAUCGCAACGGCUGCGGAACCAAGCAGCCAAAGUCGAUAUGGAAAAGCCGGAAUCGGAGUUCCGCUCUGUAUUCGAGAGCGCCAUGAUAGAGUGA